UUCCCCCUUACCCUCACUUCCAUGUCUCUUAAUAUAAAAAAUGGUUUAAUUAACUUACGCGGAAGAUGACUUUCAUACUAUUCAAACAUUUUUCUUUCAAAAAUAAAGUGUCUUAUAAAUAUUAAUGUUGUAUCUUAUUUUCCAUUAUCUAUGAACAACAAAAAUCCAUAUGAGAGUGUUGUGGAAGAUGAACAGAAGCAUGACCUGGAAUCCCUGCAAGUUCUUCUUCCUUUGUAUUAUCAUUUUCCAUCUCGCAGUUGGUAAAGCAAAGGGCGCCGACGCUGCUUAUCAUAGAGUUUGCAGUGAAGAAAAGAGCAGUGACAACAGCACCUAUCAGGCGAAUCUGAGGACCCUCCUCUCUUCCUUAUCUUCCAACGCUACAGCCAACGCCAAAGGAUUCUACAACAACACAAUCCUUGGCACAAACUCCUCUGAUACAGUAUAUGGUCUUUUCAUGUGCAGGGGUGAUCUUCUCUCUCACGCCUGCAAAGAUUGCGUUGCAAACGCAACCCAGACUCUGUCUUCAGACACAGACUGUUCCCUGUCCAAAUCGAGUGUGAUUUGGUACGACGAAUGCAUGGUUCGGUACUCCGAUCGCUCUUUCUUCUCCACUAUGAACACAACUCCCGGAUAUUGGUUGUGGAACGCGGCCAGUAUCUCCUCUAACUCAUCAAGCUUCAUGAGUUUGUUGGCCAACACCAUCAGAGAAACUGCACGCGAAGCAGCCAAUUCUACGAACAGGUAUUCAAUAAAGCAAGAAAACUUAACGGAAUCUCAGACUCUAUACUGUCUAACUCAGUGCACACAAGACCUUUCACUCCAACAAUGCUCAGACUGCCUUGAUGAAGCAAUAUCAAAUAUUCCAACAUGCUGUAACGGAAAGCAAGGAGGAAGAGUUCUGUUUCCCAGUUGUAACAUCAGGUAUGAAUUGUACCCUUUCUAUCNCCAGUCAAACACCAACACCAAGUAA